CUUUUUAGCUCAUCAGUGUAACCCCUUCACAUCAGUUGGCUGCUUUGCAAAAAUUCCAGCAUGCAUUUUUAACUGUAAAGUCAGAAUAUCACCACUGGAUCCACAUGUAGCAGUUCCAAGUAGACUGAUAAUGUCUUCAGAUGCCCAAACAGAUGCACUGCCAGAACUGAACAUUUCUUGCUCGUUACCACCUGAAACAAGUCUCACUUCGCAGGACAUAACACUAUGUUGCGACUGCAAAAAUGAACUGAAAAGGAAAGUUUUUUCAGCAGCAAAGUGUUGGAAUGGUGAAUGCCCUUCCACCUCUGCAUACGCCUCGACAUCACAUGUGACUUUUUCUAUGUAUAAUCUAUCCUCUCUGGUCCUUGGCCAUCUGAUGGUCUGCUCCUGUGCCAUUCCCCAGCUGACAGGUGGAUAUUUGAUGUCUGAGCAAAGCACAAUUUUCAUAGAAGAACUUCCAAUCUAUCCUCAAGAAUUCAGGUGUAUAUCUUAUAACCAAGAGAGAAUGGAAUGUCUUUGGUCAUUUGACAACCAUACCCAAGAAACAGGAAUGUAUUUUCAGUAUAAGAAUGGUGACUUAAAAAGGUGUAUCCCCAAUGUACAGGUAUUUGCUAACAAGGCCAUCUGCAUGUUGACCGGUGGCCAUUUCAUUAAACCAGCAACCUUAAGUUAUUUUAUAUAUAAUCAGAACAAGUGGGGCGUAACCUGGAAAAAUGACACACUAAGGACAGACUAUAGAAUAGAAAAACCAAACCCAGUGACUGGUGUGGAAGGUUCUAAUAUCAACAGUACAGCAGUGGAUGUGACAUGGGAUCCACCAGUGCAUCUGGGGUUUCUCAGUUGUUGCAACAGUUGCCCCAGCAACAGAGGGUUAUUGUACACAGUGCAUUACAUGUCCAGGUGGAAUGAGGGGGUGGAAAAAAUACAGUACAACUGCUGGAAUGCCACAAUGACAUUAGGCCUGAGGCUAACUGGUUUACAUCCUUUUUCUGAAUACAACAUUAGUGUGCAGGUCGUUCCAGUUGGGGAAGAAACACCAAAUUAUGGUCACUUCAGUGAAGUAGGUGGCAGGAGUUAUACUGUGCUUAAAACCAAAGUAGAUGCACCUGCAGCUCCGCCACAACUUAUGGGUGUUUUAUACCAGCCUGAGGAAGAAAUCUUCACUUUCCAUUUCUUCUGGAAGGAAAUUCUUGAGACCUCACGUUAUGGAAAAAUCAUAGCACACCAAGCAUCCUUAGGCAAAUACACUGCCACUCACGGCUCUUGUAACACAACUGUGAGGUUCAACCAGACAUCUGGGGCAAGAACAUUACCACUGUCAUGUCGCAAGAUUCUUGAUGAUCAACAAUUUUAUUUGGCUACCAUCAAUGCUGCCACUCCAGCAGGAUUUGCUUCAAGAUCAAGUGAACAGAGAUUGAAUGUGUCCUUAAGCAAGAAACCCAGAUUUUUUUCUGUUGAAAUCUUUAAUGAAGAAGCCCAUCUGAGCUGGCAGUCUCCAGUUGAUAAUCAGUCAGUUAACACAAUUAUUUACUACACUGUUGUUUGGUGUGAGGGAAAUUACACAGAAAACAAGAACUGCCAGAGCAAAAUCAUUGAAGUAAACCAUACCCACAACCACACCCAGUGUGAGCUCUCUCUACCCAAGUCAGCUGAGGAUUAUGUUUAUUUGGUAGGAGCUGCAUGGCCAGAUUAUAACAGUACACUGGUGUAUCCAAACUGCAGGUGUAACUAUCAAUAUUAUGGAGUUCCUUCCACUGCCCCAGAUAAUUUCACCUCUGUGUUAAACAUCACAGGCUUGAGAGUGUCCUGGAAAGCUUUGGGAUAUGAACAAAGCAAAGGAAGAAUUUUGGGCUACUUAAUAAAAUACUGCGAAAUUGAAAUCACCUCACAGAAGUGUAUUAGAGGAAUGAGGAAUAUUUCUGUCACAGAAGCAGGGACAUCAGCCCUAAUAGAAGGGCUUAAGCCUCAGACACGCUACAGAGUGUCAGUCCAAGCUCAGACCAGAGCAGGCCUGGGACCCAAAGCAAUACAAACAGUGGAAACUAAUGUGGGCAUGGCUGGUGGUACCUAUUCAGGAGGUGAACCCCACCGCUCUGAAACUGUUCUAAUCAGUGUCAGCAGUACCAUGGGGUGUAUGGUUAUAAUUGGUGUGCUGGUGGCAGUGUGCAGAGCCUAUCAAUACACACAGAAGAAAAUAAAAAUGGAUAUACCACAGCAUACAGGGGUUUCAAAUAAUGAAGUUGCAGCAGAUUAUUCAAGUGGUGUUUAUAGUCUGACUAUGUUGAACAAUUCUUCUAGCAGAAAUUCAACAUCUGCCAGCAAAACAUGCAACGUAAUGAACCAGUUCCAGGAAACACCUUUGAAAGAUAGACGAAGCAGUGACAGUGGACAAUCUCUAGCACCUGAUCCCAGAGCAAUGGAGUUUAUCCCGCCAACACACCAACAUCUCAAAUUGCCAGAUGGUUACACAGUUUUUGCAGUGUUUACACCACCAGCUUGUGGCCUUAUGUCCCACGUGGGACGAAGAGCAAUGAUGAUGACACCACCAGCUAGUGAUUACGUACCUUUUUGAAUACACAAAUGGCAACCAACAAGGAGGAAAAUUUAAUUACCAUUUUUGUUUGAAUUUAUGUUGAAAAUUUUUAUAGUCUUUAGAAUUGUAGUGGUAAUCAGUGCUGUCCUUAUAGUUUCCUGCUUUAUAAAGUAGUAAAAAUGGCUUUUGUACAAAAGAAAGUCAAACAAAAUGAUUAAAACAAAG